AUGGCAAAUUCGUCAAUAGGGGAGGCAACUGUGUCGGCACACAUGAAACCGUCCCCAUCGUCGGUGUCCUUUGCAAGCGACGGGAGUAUUGACCCAGUGAAGAAAAAGCAUGCUAAAACUAAGAACUCGGAACGCAAUAUCACAGUGAUGAUGUUUGCAGUUUCAGUGGGCUGUAAACAGUCCCCCGACCAACCGAGCCUUAAUGACUGUCUAGAGUCAACACCUCCUGCACUCAACGACUUGACAUCAAUUUUACUGCGAUUUCGCCUACAUAGAUAUGCAGUCAGCACAGAUAUCGAGAAAGCGUUUUUGCAUGUGGGCUUGCAUGAAAAGGAUCGCGAUGCUACACGAUUCCUGUGGUUGAGUGACCCGAGCGAUCCAGAGUCCCCUUUACGCAGCUACCGCUUCAAAACUGUAUUAUUUGGCGCGACGUGCUCAACCUUCAUACUGAAAGCGACACUUCUCAAACAUCUAGACGAGAACAAGACCAAUCCUGCAUCACUCACUUUGAGAGAAGAUUUGUAUGUUGACAAUGUCCUAUCGAGAUUUAGUCAACAAUCUGAACUUGUCAACUACUUCCGAAAUACCCGAGCUUUGAUGAAUAGGGCCAGUAUGAAUCUGCGGUCGUGGACAUUCAACAGUAAAACCCUAAGAGAAAUCGCCGCAAGAGAAAGUGUGCUCGAUGCAGAUGAGGUGACAAAAGUACUUGGCAUGCGCUGGACACCGGAAGAAGAUACCAUGUCAUUCAUGCAUCGUGAAAUACCAACGUUGCACAAGUUGACCAAGCGAGAUAUCCUACGAUACUCAUCACAGAUCUACGAUCCACUUGGGUUAUUAAGCCCUGUAACUGUGAGAGCCAAGCUUCUGCUUCAAAAACUUGACAAGGUCCAUUGGGAUGUGCCGCUAACAUUGGACGUUCAAGAAACGUGGCAACAGCUAGCCGAAGACCUAAAUACUGUCACCAACUUUUCAUUUCCAAGGCAGUACUGCAGUUCAAGUUCCAAGAUGUGUCUUCAUGUUUUCGUUGAUGCUAGUAUUCGAUCAUACGGGGCAGCAGCGUACAUUGUCAGCGAAACGGAAGCUAGCCUUGCUAUGCCGAAAAACAGAAUUGCACCAGUAAGAAAAAUGACUCUACCGCAACUCGAACUGAUGGCCGCUGUGAUUGGUGCUCGACUCGCGACACACUUGCGGAAAGCCCUCAAUAUUUGCGAUAUAACACUCUGGUCAGACAGCCAGAUUGUAUUAAAUUGGUUGUCAACAUCGAAGCCAUUCAAUCGAUUUGUGAAAAACAGAGUUCAAGAAAUACAUUUGCUGACAGAAGACUAUACAUGGAAAUAUUGUCCAACUGACGACAACCCCGCCGACCUUCUAACCCGCGGCAUCCCUGCAUCACAGUUUACAAACAACACACUCUGGAACAACGGACCAUCUUGGAUCAGGCGUAAUGAUUAA